GAUCAGUCAUCUUUCUCAAAACUGUCACAACUAUGACACUAUGACCCUCAGAACUGGUACAUGCUUGUUUCUAAGGUACUGACGGCAGACCGUACAUUUGAGUAUUUCCAGUGGGGAGAACAAUAAGAGCGCCAAGUCUGCAAUCAAGACCAAAGCCCACGGCCCACGGCUAUGAACGAAAGCGAAGAGGGCCUCUUCGAUACUGUAUCGUACCAGCUACCAGCACUUACAGAAAGUAAAUCACUCCAACAACCAACCAAACCUCUCUGGACUCGAUUUUAGACAUAGACAGAAGUUUAAAGAAGCGACAGACGAGCCUGGGAACAACCUUGACGGGGACAUAAGAUCAGGAACUGCAGCCAAGCUAAACUCCCAUCCCACAACAACACCCAGAUAGCUCGAGCAUAUACCGUGGCAACUCCAGCCAGCAGACUCGACACCACCAUGCCUCUUGCAACGUUGGCCAGUGAGUCUGUCAGCUCUGAUGGUGGAUCGGAAGACUCCUUGUUCUUGGACGAGGUCGAGGACCGCACCGGUGCCACGAUACCAGUAGGCGAUGAGCAGUCUGGAACCUGCAACUCUACUAGGAACAGCCGGUCUACUGGAAGAGACGGUAGGGAUAGUCACCAGUCAAAACGGAGAAGCAUUUGCCUCAAGAAGGCACCCACAAGACAGACUAGCACCCAUUUGAGAAGUAGCUCUCUCAAUUUUGUUGGCAAGUUUGUCCGAGCCAACUUUGGCAAUGUGGUGGACGUGGAAUACCGGUUAGAGCAGCUCAAGGGAAUUGAAAAUAGAAGAAGGCGGGUAUUGAAUCAAGGUGAUCAGCCCAUGUGGAGGAUAUUAUCCUCCUAUGACGGCACUGUCAUGAGGAUUCUGGCGUAUGAUGCCCUCUUUUGGUUCUCCAUUUGUAUCUAUGUUGGCAUCAGGAUAGUCUCCGUAUGGGAGUUGCCAUCUUAUCUGAAUGAUCUGCCAGCGGACAGUAUCACAGUGCUGGGUGGAUUUGUCACCUUCUUCCUCGUCUUUUGGGUCAACCAAAGCCAUGACAGGUUCUUUGGGCUCUAUGAUAGCUCCAUGGGAAUCAAGGGUAGCAUCUUCAAUUGCGCCACGCUCGGAGCCGCAUCACUUCCACCCGAGAAAGUUGCCAGAUUGGUCCGAUAUAUGAACUGUGCCCAUGCCGCUGCGUAUGUGGGCUUAUCCGAUGUUUACACCACUGGAAACUAUUUCAAUUACGCGGACCAGGAAAUGAGUCUCUUGACACAGCCAGAACGAGCUCGAUUAGACCACAUUGAUUUGGACCAUGGAGGGUCUUGCUCUCGUGAACUCGUGGCAUGGUGCAUGAACGAGAUUCACACAGCAGAGAGACAAGGCCUGAUCAAUCAAAUACUGGCAAAGGACUUUCGAGAUCAAAUCAUCAAGCUUCAAGGUCAUAUUGGAGAGCUCUUCAAUGCCAAGGACCUUCCCAUCCCCUUCUUCUACGUCCAUUUCAUCUGUCUCUUGACCACUCUCUAUCUUCCUCUCUUUGCGGUCACAGCUGCCAUCCAGGCGGGGACAGGAGACACAGGCUGGAUCAAUGGUCUUAUCAGGGGACUCGUUGUCGUGCUGCAAUCCGUUUUUGUGAUUGGAUUGAGAGUUUUGGGACAGAAAAUGAGUGAUCCAUACGGAGAUGAUCUGAUUGAUCUGAGUGUCAUGUAUUACGUUCACUUUACGUGGCAAAUGUCAAAUCGUAUUCUCAAUUCACAUCUACCAGAGGAAGCAGAUCCAUUUGUGGAAGACAAGCUUGUCAAGUCACGACAGUCUCUGGGGGAUGCCUGGCCACCAAAGCCAAAGAAGAAACAGGGCGUGCCCCGUAAGAGCUUUUAUUAUGACGCAAGUCAGAGCGUAGCGGAUAUUGAGUAUGGCGUGGAUGGUGGCGAUUACCGCACCAUUCGGAAUCCACAGCAAACAAGGAGAGGCGGAUAAAAGGGACAGUGGCGAUGUAUGUGUCGUAUGUGUCAACGGGUGGCCACUGUUCAAGGGUGUUUCGUUUCAAUGAGGGGUGCUGCUUUCACGUCGCAGCAGUUGUAAAAAAGUAGUGAAGUUUUUUCUGUUUGGUUUCAUCGAAGCACCUGUAGCGUAUUGUAAGGUUCG